AUGAACAAGCCCUUCGAUCGCAAACAACCCCCAUCGAUUGCGACUGGCUAUCGAUUCAAGACUAUGGCAGGGAGGGGGAACAGCAAGAAGCGACGCAUGUCGUCACCCACCUCCUCAACUACAAAUGCCCCUGCUAGGUCCAAGCAACGAUCGAAAAAGAACAGGACUCAUGACGUGAUUGAUUUGGCUAAGUCCGAUGAGGGAACGAGCCCUAGUACUAGCGACCGAGACGACGGGUCUCCUGAAAGCACUCAGGCUUCCAACACCAAGGAACUCACUGAUGAACAAGAGCUGAGAAAGGCACUGAGAAUUCAUAAGAACCAACUCAGCCCCUCCUAUGCUUCUUUCCACCCCCCAGAACUGUCUGACCAGAAGGACAAAAAGAAAAAUCUGGGAGAAAAUGAAGGUCUUAUUAUUACUAUUUACAAUCACUUAGGUCACUUAGUUUAG